AUGUCGAUGGAAGAUCGUUUAGCGCAGGCGGAAGCCAAUUUAAGACAAACAAGAGGAGCUUCAGCAGCACUAGGGAUUCAACCAGGCCCAGGUUUGGAUCUGCAGCGUAAGAAAAAGAAGACAACAGGUCAAGAGGAAAGGAUUGGAGAGGAAGGCGCGAGCGGAGGAGAGGUAGAGAGAGUUCAAGAGGAAGGAGGCCAAGGUGUUUCAGGCGAGCGACAGAGGGAGGCGCAAGAGGAUCAGCGAGAACACAAUCAGGAUUCACUGGAGUCGGACGAUGAAUCAUGGAGGCCAGGAGGGGACAGAGGGAGAGAUCGAGAGGCGGAGUCAGAGGAGGAUCAGAUCUCGGUCGAAGAAGGGGGAAGCCUAGACUCUGUACAACUUGGAAGGGGAAACGCCGCCACAGAGGAGAACGGGGUCACCUAUCAGAGGUCGCAGCCCAACACCAACCCCCCGGAGGCUCGGAAACAAUGCCCAAUCCAGAGGCAGGACUAUCGUCGUGAAGCGGUCCCGGCUAGAAGACGAAGUCCGAGCAGAGAAGACUUGAUCCAAGAGAACCUGACAGAGGUGUCAACAGAUACCGUCGACAGUGCCCCACCACUCCCGGGAAAGCGAAGACGGUCGUCUAGAAGAGCAACCACCUCGAGCGACAGACCGAGCUCGACGACGUAUCCGAGAUCAUCGGCUUACGAGACCGCGAAGAGGUCCAAGGAAGGCUGGCUUCCGGACGCUGAGUAUAAAGAGAAGAAGGCGGCGGAAAGGAGGAGUCGAAUGAAGAGAGAUGGUGAAAGGAAUGAGCGUCGCUAUGGGAAGAGCCCAGACCGUCCAAGUGACAGGAGAGAUGACUGGCAGGAGCGUCGCACAAGCCCUAGCAGAGGUUAUAAUAGAGGGUUUAAUGCCAAACGUAAUGAUUACAGAAAGAGGAGCUAG